AUGACCUCAAUAAUGCAACGCCGCAUGCUUUCCAAGGCCGACGAAGAGGCUGCCGACGAGGUCGAGGUCCGACGCGAGGACCAGGACAAGAUCAACCGAUUCAGUCGCCUGCACCAGCGCGAGCUUGUCUUAGAGGAGGAGUUGAACGGAAAGAGUAAGGAGAAGGAGGAGCUCGACGACUUGUCUACCGAACUCGAACUCGCCGACGAGGACGAAAAAGUCCAGUACAAGAUCGGCGACGCCUACUUCCACAUCCCGCUGGAGCAGGCGCAGGAGAUGCUCGAGGAGGCCACCGAAAAGCUUGAGGCGGAGUCGACGGAGUUGGAGGAAAAGUUGGGGACGAUCCGCGAAGAAAUGACCCAACUCAAGGUCGAGCUGUAUGCCAGAUUCGGAAAGCAAAUCAACCUAGAGACCUGA